UAUGCUGCAGCAACAUCUGUAUCAGCAGCUGCCGUCACCUGCGCGUGGCGCAAGUGAUUCGCAAGCUGUCAUAAGUUUGGCAUUGCAGAACGUUGCUCCUCGAACGCAUCCAGACUUGGCUGCAGCGUAGCAACGAAACUGCACCAGGGGGCACUGAGGUGGCAGCGGUUUUAGCAGUUUUGGAUCAGGAUGGCAUUCGGCUCCUUCCACGAAAGUCCUGGCCAUUCACAAUGACACUGGGCCUGUCACUCGUCGAUCACUUCAAGCGUUUCUUCGGCUGGCAAGGUUUAAUUUCCCUUUCUGACGUGAGCGGCACAGAAGUGUGCUUCAGGAAAAAAGAAAAAGAAAGAACGUCCAUCAGAUAUAGACCUGCCAAGCACCCAUCGCUCCAUCAUGGCCUGUAUCCCAACGACACAAUUGCUAAAUUUUGGGCUGGACAUCUACAAGCAUAUUGAACUUGAACAUGCCAGUGAGAGCGGGAACGUCUUCUUCUCCCCAUUCAGCAUAGCAGCGGCACUUGCCAUGACAGUUGCGGGCGCACGGGGUAAUACAGCUGAAGAGAUCAUGUCAGCCAUGCGGCUGGCAAGUGACUUUCCGCUCCAGAAGCAUUUCUCGCAACUUCGAGACUGCUUCAAGAGGUUUACCCAAGACACUACACUCCACAUAGCCAACCGAAUCUUUCUGGAUAAAACAUUCAUUCCACUCCAAGAUUUCUGUAAGCUCCUCAAUGACGUGUACGACAGCACUACCGUAUCCGUCAAUUUCCGAAGCGACGCAGAAGGAUCUAGGGAGCAGAUAAACUUCUGGGUCGCCGAGGCGACAAAAGGUAAAAUAAGGGACCUCCUUCCGCACGGGGUAGUGGAUGGCUUCACCACUCUGGUACUUGUGAACGCCGUUUAUUUCAAGGGGCCUUGGGAUCGAGCAUUCAAGGAAAGUUUCACCACAGAGACGAAGUUCUAUGAAACCUCGCAAAUUUCACGUAAAGUCGAGAUGAUGUUUCAGAUAGGAAGGUUCGAGAUUAAUCGGUGUAAGGACUUGAAAGUUACCUCACUAACUUUGCCCUACAAGGGCAAUGAUAUGGCCAUGGUUAUAUUGCUUCCAGAUGAUAUUGAGGGUCUGACAUUUCUUGAAGCUGCACUGACGCCACAGAAAUUCGAGUCUCUCGUCUUCAAUACUGCGGCCAAACGGAGCGUUCACUUGUACCUGCCUAAGUUCAAGUUGGAACAGGAAACAACAUUGAAGAGCGUACUGCGUAAGAUGGGAAUGCAGCAAGCGUUCGAAGAUGCGGCUGACCUGACAGGAAUCAGCGCAUGCAAUGAUAUUAAGGUGUCCGAGGUGGUUCACAAGGCCUUUGUGGAAGUCAACGAGGAAGGAACCGAAGCUGCAGCUGCAACCGGGGUUGUGAUUCAGCAGCGUUGUAUGGGCGUACGCCAGGACAAGAUUUUUAAAGCGGAUCACCCGUUCAUGUUUUCUAUUAUAACGACUGACCCGAGAGAAGUCCUUUUCUUAGGUUCUUUGAGACGUCCCUGAGCUCUUGCAGGGCAUCACGGAAAAUAUUUAAAUUACGAUGCAAUAAAACAGCAGAGCAAUAGAACAGAGCAUAUUACAGUAGUGGUGCUUCCGAGACUCGUCCGCUCGCGAUUUUUAAUCGCCCCAGCGUAAUGGUCAAUACCAUUCCGUGAAUCUUCUUUCCGAUGUUUUCUUCCUUUGUGUGUGUGUGCGGGGAGGGGGGGGGGGAACUUGCGUCCAUGCUUUUAACUUUGUCGGUCCUGUUGCUCCUCAUUGCAGCGGACUUUCUCUUAUAUUUGACAACCAUGCAAACUUCGCGCGGCCGUGUCAAGAGGCCAUCCUUUUUCGACCACCGCGUCUUUUGCUCUGCUUAUGUAGUGAAGCUAUGUCUAACAGUGAAGUAACGCUGCACGUACAAAUCUCAUCGCCCAAAGUGCACGCGAAUGGAAUAAAAUGUAGCUUGAG